GCUCCAGGUCUGCGGGCCCGCACCCGCCGGCUCUCUCUGGCUUGGCCCGUUAGAGGCCGCUUUGGUCCAGGGAACGCGGGAGGAUUGUCUGGGGCCAUGAGGAAGCUCGGUGCUGGCUUCCUUCUCUCACUCCUGAAGGUGCUGCUCUUGCCUCCAGCUGCCCCAGGCGAGGAUUCAGUUCCGACCUCCACUCCCGGGAGCCCUCUCUCUCCCGCCGAAUACGAACACUUCUUCGCACUGCUGACCCCCACCUGGAAGGCAGAGACCACCUGCCGGCUGAGAGCUACCCACGGCUGCCGGAACCCCACCCUUGUCCAGCUGGACCAAUACGAGAACCACGGCUUGGUGCCCGACGGUGCUGUGUGCUCCGACCUCCCUUACGCCUCCUGGUUUGAGUCCUUCUGCCAGUUUACUCAGUACCGUUGCUCCAACCACGUCUACUAUGCCAAGAGGGUCCGAUGCUCCCAGCCAGUCUCAAUUCUCUCACCUAACACUGGCAAGGAGAUAGACUCUUCUACUGAAGCACAGCCCACCACAAUGACCUCCCCCAUGUCAUCCCUCAACACAGCCACAGAACGGCAGGCCUUCCAGCCCUGGCCCGAAUUGCUCAAGAACAACGUGGAGGAGCUGCUGCAAGCCUCCAUGUCCCUGGGAGGCCCAGAGCAAGCGUCAGAGCACAAGCAGGAUCAAGGGCAGGAGCAAGGACAAAAACAAAAACAGGAGGAAGAGCAGGAGCAGGAGGAACAGGAGGAGGAGGAAGAAGAGGAGGAGGAGGAGGAGGAGGAGGAAGAGGAGGAGCAGAAUGAGGAGGAGGAGGAGGGAGAGGAGGGGGAGGGGAAGCAGGCCCAAGGACUGGGGAUAGGGGAGAGACUGCAUGCCAUGUAUGGGCUGCAGACAGACUCAGAGCCCAAGCACCAGGCUGGUUUAUCUUCCAACCCUCUGUCCUUCACUGCCCGGGUGCGGGAAGUGAAGUCUACGCCUAUGAUGAUGGAGGAGCUCAUUCAAUCUGCCCAGGAAAUGGAUGAAAUGAGGGGUGUGUUUGAGGAAGACUCUGCUUGGAGAAGCCAAAACUCUGGCAGCCUCUUGCAGCUGCCCCACGUGGAGGCCUUACUGGUGAUGUGCUAUUCCAUUGUGGAGAACACCUGCAUCAUGACCCCCACAGCCAGGGCCUGGCGGCACUUGGAGGAUGAGAUCCUUGGUUUCGGGAAGACGGUCUGUGACAGCCUUGGGCGGCACCACCUCGAUAUCUGUCCCCUCUGUGCCUUCUGCUCCCUGAAGCUGGAGCAAUGCCACUCGGAGGCCAACCUGCAGCGGCAGCAAUGUGACGGUUCCCACAAAACACCCUUCAUGAGCCCCUUCCUCUCAUCCCAGAGCAUGUCCAUCGGCAUCCAGGUGGGGACUGUAAAAUCGGGCCGCUAUUACGGGAUGGAUUUUUAUGGCGGCCUUCGCCUGGAUUUCUGGUGUGCCCUGCUAGCCACGAAGGGCUGUGAAGAUACUCGAGUAGCUGGCUGGCUCCAGGCUGAGUUCCUUAGCUUCCAGGAUGGGGAUUUCCCCACCAAGAUUUGUGACACAGACUAUGUGCAGUACCCAAACUACUGUGCCUUCAAAAGCCAACAGUGUCUGAUGAGGAACCGGGAUCAGAAGGUGUCCCGCAUGAGAUGUCUGAAGAACGAGAGUUACAAUAUCUUGACCCCAGCCAAAAGCGAGGACCUUGUGCUUCGAUGGAGCCAGGAGUUUAGCACCUUGACUCUAGGCCAAGCCGGAUGAGCUGGGAUUCUUCCUGUCUCCACCCCAGCCCAGACUGUCCACACUCUCCAUUGCUUUCUUACUCCGUUUGUCAUCAGUUUGCGUCCAGGCUGCCCCUUUUGUGUCUCUUACCUGGUCCCUACUCACGUUUUUCCUUGGGUCAGGGCAGGAGUCCCUGAAAGUGAUGGGAACUCCACCCGCCUUAAAGGAUGUCUUUGCAUAAAGUGUUUAUUUUCAACGUA